AUGGACGCGGCGCAGGGGGAAGAAGUGGGCGGCGACGACAGAAUUCAGACAUACCCAUCCCCUACAGCCAACAACCAAGAGACGACGUCCCACUUCGACCACGACGGUGCUGAAAACGUCGCUCACGAUGUGCACGAUGUCAGUCACGAGGUGACGCACGAUGACAUUGACGAAAGCCAGUACGAUGGCACACACGACGACCACACUCCCCAUCCUCACGAUAACGAUGCCAGCGCGCGAGAGCUCCAACACCACGAGUCUUCGGGGUCACAACACCAUACAUCACAUGCCGCCAGUGUAGAGGAGCUUCAACUUGCAGCCCAGCUUGGCCAAGAUCUCGCCUCGGAGCCCCUGUUGCCUGUGACGGACCCUAACAUGAAGUUUGACGACCCCAAUCUUCGAGGCAUCUUGCCACAAGCCGAAGACACCGACAUGCGCAACGAUUUGACUGAACCCGAAGACUCGCAAUCCCAUGCAUUCACAUCAGAGGAACCCGAUUCCGUAUCGCUGUCUGCAGCUCCUUUGCAGCCUGCACCGCAGCCCUCGCUGCAGGCACCAAUGCCCCAGGCCUCGAUACCCCAGACGCCCAUGCCACAGGCGCAAAUGCAAACUACGAUGCAGCAGGCGCCAAUGCAGCCUAAUCCUAUUCAACAAAACUCCAUGCAAGCUCCGAUACAACAGCAGAACCCUACGCAGACACCGAUGCAGACACCAAUACAGACGCCGAUUCAAACGCCACUGCAGAAUUCUGGCCAAGUGCCCAUCAAUAAUCACCAUCCUCAGCCAUAUACGCAGAAUAACCAAGACGACAGCACUCCUCCAAGGAAGCGCUCCAAGGUGUCGCGUGCUUGCGACGAGUGUCGCAGGAAAAAGGUCAAAUGCGAUGCGCAAUCAGAUCUAGGCGAUAAUCCAUGCUCAAAUUGUAGACGGUCGGCUCAGCGCUGUUCCUUUAGUCGAAUUCCCCAGAAACGAGGACCGAGCAAAGGGUACAUAAAGGAGCUGGCCGAUCGCAUUCACAGUAUCGAAGGUAGACUAUGCGAGAACACUGGCGAAGAAGCCGGUCGCAAACGCACGUUCUCCAGCAUCUCUAGUGCUGAUAUUACGACGCCAACCGCCCCCCGCCAACCGCCGUCGACGUGGAGCUCAGAAGCACGCAGCCAGCCUCAACCACAACAGCUACCUCAAGCUUCGGCAACACCUGAGAGACACAAUGCGCCGUACUCGGCGCAUGGCCUGGCCCCGCAGCCACUAUCGUUGAGGCCAGACACGCCAUCUAGGGCUCCGCUUGUAGGCCCGGAGAGCUCAGUUGGCGACAUAGCUGAUAUCACUCAGCCGCGCGAGGUCGACGAUGCCAACUUUCAAGGCUACUUGACAAUGGUGCACCCCUACCUACCUAUCCUGCCUGCCAGCAAGGCCCGUCUGCAGGUUUAUCUUGCUCAAUGCCCUGGAAUGCUACGAGAGGCUUUCCUUGAAGCUCUCCACGGUACCAUGCAGUCCUUCCCAUCGUUCACUACGAUGGGUAUGGGCGAUGCCAGUCUCGCAAUGAAGAUGCUGGUUGAGUGGGAAAUGAACGGAGAAGAGCCGCGGACGUCAGCUGCGCACUUUAUCCACCUGCAAACGCUUCUCCUGCUCUUCAUCGAGGCAAGCAACCGCCCUUCCAGCUGCGCCGGACAUAUUAAGGAAUCCUUGCUCGGUCGGGCCGUGUCAACUGCAUGGACCAUGAAGCUCUAUAGUACUCAGGCCGGGUCUUCGCUUGAGGUCAACGGGGACGUCGAUGGCGAUUCUGGCACGCAUCUCCGUGUGCGGCUGUGGUGGUCUCUCGUGCUCCUUGACAGGUGGAACGCAGUGGGGUCCGGUACGCUGCCGAUGACCCGGACCGAGUCAACGAUCGUCAGCCCAGAUGUUGCAAAGAUCGUGGGCGAGACGACGUGGCAACUCAUUCGUGCAUCCAAAAUCCUCAACCAAGCCUGCAAUGUCAUAUCCGGCGCUCGCGCAACGUUGGGAUCAGUGACGUUCGCAGACGAAGUCCUCGGUGGGGUGCUCAACGAUUACGUCGAAAACUUUCGUGAAGAUCUGCCCCCCCACAUUGAGCCAGCCGUCUUCCCUGUCGUCCACUUGGCGUACUGGCAUUCGCGUCUGCUGGCGUACAUGUGUCACCCAGCGUCCAAGGCGACGGAUCUCCUCUGGCCUUGCAAGGAGCUAGUCAGCCUCGUGGCCGUCACGCCCCACGUGUCGAGCCCAAUGAGCCAUCACUUCACGGCGCUCCCCGCAAUGGCACUGAUCGAGUUGACCAAGGUCGAGGAGAUCAAGGAAGAGGCGUUCAAGCUCCUCAAGGAGCUGCGGUCUCUACUCACCUCGCCGGCAGCAUGGGAUAUCAUAGUCAGCGACAAGAUUGCUGAUCAUCUACGCUCCAUGGCCAAGAGCCAAGGCCUGCUGCAGCAACUGGCCGACAUUGCCGCAAAAGAGCAGGAGCAAGAGCAGGCGUCGGAGCAGGCGCCAGAGCUGAAAGCGAAGGUUGAGAGCGGCGGCGGCGCCGCCGCCGCCGCCGAAGAGGUUGGCGAAGACGGACUGCCGACGUAUCGCCUGCCGGCGGCGCACGAGGACACGAACUUUGACCCUAGAUAUUGCCUGACAGCGGGCUAUCUUAAAAGCGUCUGGACCAUCUGGGCGAGCAAUGGGCAGGCGUAG